CAAGGUAAAACUUGUUUGCACAGGAAUGAAACUAGGGCCGAAACAAUCCUCUCGUAGUAGGAACUAACUCGUGAUUGAGCUCUGGUCUCGCCCCCUGGUUCAUUUCAGGAAGCCUGGUCAGCUGACUGCUCCGAAAGUUCUUUCUGAUUGUUACGUUGUGCCGCUGGGUUCUGUUCGAUUGUUACGUUGUGCCGCUGGGUUCUGUUCGAUUGUUACGUUGUGCCGCUGGGUUCUGUUCGAUUGUUACAUUGUGUCUCAGGAUUCUGUUUGAUGGUUACAAUGUGUCUCAGGGUUCUGUUUAAUUGUUACAUUGUGUCCCUGGGUUCGACUCGAUUGUUACAUUGUGUCUCCGCGUUCUAAUCCAUUGUUACGUCGCGUCUCCGAGUUCCAAGCCUCUCCAGUCCCCGGGAGACUCCUGGAUCAAAGGCGGACGCCGAAUGGAAGAGGAUGCUGAGCAAGUUGAUCCACUCCCGGAUGGAAUCCCGCUACGUGAGGUUACCAUGUGGUGAGAGGAUCUGGACGGUGUCGCUGAGCCCGGAGGAGGAGGCGGCAGUGCCCGGUGGGCAGGGUACUGCAGGGAAGAAGAUGCCCCUGGUGUUAGUCCAUGGUUUUGGAGGGGGCCUGGGGCUCUGGGUCCAGAACAUGGAGAGCCUGAGCCGGCGCCAUACAGUCCACGCCUUCGACCUGCUGGGAUUCGGCCGGAGCUCGCGGCCCCCGUUCCCCUCGGAACCCGAGGAAGUGGAGGCUCAGUUUGUCCUCUCCAUCGAGGAGUGGAGGGAACAGCUGGGUCUCAGCAAGAUGGUACUGCUGGGGCACAGCCUGGGUGGUUUCCUGGCAGCGAGUUAUACCAUCCAGCACCCAGACAGAGUGAAGCACCUGAUCCUGGUGGAUCCCUGGGGACUCCCAGAGAGACCGGCCGAUCUCUCGGAAACCUGGAAGCCCCCAAUGUGGGUGAAAGCUGCGGCUGCCAUCCUGGGCAGGUUCAACUUCCUGGCGGUACUGAGGGCAGCGGGACCCUGGGGUCCAUCCCUAGUCCAGCGAUUCCGGCCGGAUUUAAAGAGGAAAUACUCGGAGUACUUUGAGGAUGAUACAAUACUGGAAUAUGUCUAUCACUGCAACGCCCAGUCCCCCAGCGGUGAGGCUGCCUUUAAAGUGCUGUCGGAAUCCUUCGGCUGGGCUAAGAGACCGAUGCUGGGCCGGAUCCACUUGAUCCAGAAGGAUGUUCCCAUCACCCUGAUCUAUGGAUCCCGCUCCUGGAUCGAAGCCAGCAGCGGGGAGCAGGUCAAGAGCCUGCGACCACAUUCGUACGUGCGGACUAUGGCCAUUGAGGGUGCUUCCCAUCACGUGUAUGCUGACCGCCCAGAGGAGUUCAACACCGCCGUGCUGGAGAUCUGCGACUCUGUGCCCGACACACCCCCUGCUCCUUGCUCACCUAGCUCCACCGUCCCGGCCUCCCCCUCCCCGAGACCGUCGUCCCGGGCUUUGGAAUGAAGCGAGGGCUCUGGCCGUAGCCCAAACUUCCUCCAGCAGGCCUGGCACGGACAACCCCCCCCCCCCCCCCCCCCCCCCCCCCUCCCCACCCCUCCCCUCCAGGACAACGUGACUCCCACCCCAUCCCCUGUUGUUCAAAGGUGCAUCCUUUGGCCUCCUGCUCUUAUUCCCAAUGGACCGUGCUUCAGUCAUCAGUAAAGAGGCCGCAACGAUUUUCGGAGGGGCUUGGUCAAUGAGGGGCGCACGGGCGAAACCGUCUCAAACUUUCCACCUCGCAACCGGGCUCUUCCAUCUCGUUCUUUCUCUUCCGGCCCUCCAGUACCUUGGGAAAUUCCGAGGUAUUCCCAAGACGCGGUCGUGCGCGGAUGGACAGGGCAUUCCUCUCCCAGCACCAGUCAGGCCCCCUGGGGGCGGGUGUUAUCCGACAGGGAGUCUAUCUCCAGCUCCUGUCAGAGGCAGUGGCGCCAAGGGAGCGGGCCGCCAUCAGAUCCCGCCUUCCGAGCGGGAAAACGCUGGUGUCCCGGGGCCGACUUUCACUGCUUAGCGUCCGACAGCGGCAAAUGAGAGCGUGUGCGUGUCUGCUCCUUGGCUUUUUCUCGAUUAGGAUUUCAUGGGGGUUGUGUUGUCACUGGAGCGUCGCUGUACAAAUGCGAUCCAAACGGCUGGGUGACGGAUCGGCCACCUCAUGUAAACACUGAGCUCCUAUCCGAAGCGAAUACCCCGGUGAGCCACGGUGAUGCAGUCCUCUUGAAGUAAACCAAAUCAACUGUUAA